ACUCGCGCUCCUCCCAUCAGGAGCAGAAGCGUUUUGUGUUUCACUCUUUCAGUGUUUAUAAAAUGUAUCAGUCUUUCUGUAUUAAUGAUCUUAAUGUUGUUGGUUUUGUUUCUAUUUCGCUUCUGAAGGGUUUAACGUUGUGUUCAAAGCUCUCUGGAGAUUCCGAUGGAAACUAGUGGAAAAUGCGAUCGACGACAUCUUUACAGUACACAUAGUUUCUGUUUGAGCUCUGGAUGCAUGUCAAACCUCAAAAUCAUUAUUGUUUUCAGGAUUUCGGCGUAACUGGUUGUCGUGUCAUCAUGGAGGAGAUACUGAAGCGACUGCAGACGCUGACUCCAGAUCAGCUGAGGGAACAGAUCACAGGCGCUGGCCUCAAAUGUGGCCCAAUAACAGCCACCACCAGAAGCAUCUUUGAGAAGAAGUACGCUCGGGCUCUUCUGGAGAAUCAAACAGACGGAGGCGACUCGGUGAGUCAGAUGAAUUCUGAGAGCUCAAACGGUGUUGAAGAUCCUCAACAGGAACUGAGUCCCGAAGCUCCCCCGAUCACAAAGAGUCCAGAGAGUUCCUCAGAAAAUCCACCUGUUUAUUAUGGAGUGUGUCCUCAACCGGACCACCCAUCAGUUAAAGACGACGUGUGUCAUGUGUAUGUGGAUAAAAGAGAAGCACUGAAGGCAGUUGUGAAGCUGAAAGGAGCUCGAUUCAAAGCCUUCAGCAGGAGAGAGAUGGCUGAGAACUUCUCCAAAGGUUUGUUUGAGGGAGGCGUAUCGCCUCACAAACCGUCACCGGAGAAAUCCAGCGCUGCAUGCGCCACAGAGUGGUGUGUGAGCGUGGAGAAGGCCAAUGAAUUCAGAAGUCCACGCACACAAGAUCUGACGGCAAAACUCCGUCGAGCUGUAGAGACGGGAGAUGAAGAGUCGUUUAAAAACCUGGUCUGGGAGAAUCCGAGAUAUCUCAUUGGAUCUGGUGACAAUCCCACUAUCGUGCAGGAGGGAUGCAGGUAUAAUGUUCUGCAUGUAGCGGCGAAAGAGAAUCAGCCGGAAAUGAGUCGUCUCAUCCUGGAGACUCUUGAGAACCCGAGGUUCAUGCGUCUGAUGUACCCUCACGACGAAGAACUCAUGCUGUUUCAGAGAAUCGGAUAUAUACUGGAUCUCUAUCUCAACACGCCCGAUAAAGUGAACAACGAGACGCCGCUCCACUUCGCCUGUAAGUUCGGCUGUGCGGACGUGGUGAAUGUUCUGUGUUCACAUCCAUAUACUGAUAAAAACUGCGGGAACAAAUAUGGUCAGAAACCGGCGAGUAUCAUCUGUGAGAGGCGAAACAGAAGUAAAGAUGUGAAACAGAAGAUCAUGGAAUAUUUGGAAGAUAGGUUUUAUGUGCCGUUGUUGAGGGCCACUGAUAACACACUGGCUCCGGUGAUCGCUGGCCCCUGGUGUCCAUCACGAUCUGUGGAUCAGUUUCAUGAGCCCGUGAUGACAGACGCUCCCAAAAACCCAAAGAUGAACCUCAAGGCUUUUGUUGGCCCUCUGAAAUUCUCAAAGGCAGAAGAGUUUCACAGACUGUGGAAAACACCGCCGCGGGACAGAGCCGAAUAUUUCCAUCACAUUUUAAAAUCUGACUGGGAUCAGGGUGCAGAGAGAGUGGGCAGAGAGUUGGCUCGUGAACUGGGAUUCCCGUGGGCAGAAUACUGGGAGUUUCUAAACUGCUUCAUUGAUUUGUCCACUGAUGAUGGUUUGAAGAUGUUGGAGGAGCAUUUGAGCGCUUGUGAGACUUUCACAGGAAGAGAACGGAGAUCUGAUGAAACACCCAGCUUUCAGAACGACCGUCUGAACGGGUCUUUUGGUACGACACAGGAGAACUCAUCUGAACAUGAUGAUGAUGAUAGCCAACGGUUUCCAGUCUGUGACCUGAUGCAGGAGUUCGAGAAGGUUUCUGUUCAAAACUCUUUUCCGUCACACGAGAACACAGACAAGUCAUCUGAUGAGCGUCAUCCGGACUCUCCAGAGGUUCAGACUGAAGAUGAUGAUCUGAGCUGUAGCUCUGAGGAUUAUUUCACAGCAGAUGAUGAUGAAGGGCGGUGUUCUCCAUCUCUGAUCUGCAGCAGAAGACACGAGGAGGUGGACGCCUGUAGCUCCUCCGGUUCCUCCUUUAAAUCCAUGCACAGCGCUUUUGAGCUGCUGACUCACACGCGGCGCUCUUUCUUACUGGGUGAUUCACCAACCAAGCUUGAUAACGAAGUUCUUGUUGCAUUGAAUGAUGUGGAUGUUGACAAUCACUCAUAUCCCAACAUCACCAAAUGGAAGAAGAAGGUUUUGUCUCAUCCCUCAUCGCUGAGACAAAGUUGGCCAGCAGUUUCACGGGUGACCGGAGACGCCGUGAGUUCAUCAAGCGUCUCACCCGCUGCCUUCAGAAGCCCGACUCACUUACACCUCCAGCAGGUUAUCUUCAGUCCUCUCAGCCGCCUGUGAAUCACUCAAUGCUCUUUUACUUUACAAGCUCUUACUACAUAUAUUUUAUGUAUAGUAUCUUAAUAGAAGAUUAUGUAUUGAUUUUAUUCAACAGUUGUGUUGCUUUUAACAGUUGCUGUUUUGUUUGAAAUUGUCAAUGCAGUGGAUGUAAAAGAAAAUGUUGUAUGAAUAUAUAAAACUUAACGAAAUGGAUUGAUAUGUUUGUCAUGUUU